AUGUCUUCAAACAUUACCUUAUAUACCUGGCCCACGCCAAACGGCAUCAAGGCUUCAAUUACCCUUGAGGAGCUUGGUUUGCCUUAUAAAGUUGAGGGGAUUGACAUCAGCUCGAAUCGUCAGAAGGAAGAAUGGUUCCUGAAGAUCAACCCCAACGGCCGUAUCCCCGCCAUCCUCGAUGGCUCGCAACGUGUCUUUGAGAGCGGAGCGGUUAUGCAAUAUCUUGUUGAAAAGUACGACACCGAUCGCAAGAUCAGUUAUGCCCCUGGCACACCCGAGCACGUUGAACAAACAUCUUGGUUGAUGUUCCAGAUGGGAGGUCUUGGGCCAAUGCAAGGCCAAGCAAACCACUUCCGUCUCUUUGCUGGCGUGCGCUCGGACUACGGAAUCAAGCGAUACACCGAUGAAACCAAGCGUCUGUUCUCGGUCCUCGAAUCACGCCUGAAGGAUAGCCCUUAUCUCGCGGGUUCGAAGUAUACCAUUGCCGAUAUCGCAAAUUUCUCUUGGGUUCGAGCUGCGCCUAUCACUAUUGAAAUUGAUCUCUCUGAGUUCCCCUCAUUGAAUAAGUGGGUCGAUAAUAUUGAGCAACGUGCCGCGGUCCAAAAGGGUGUCGAUGUCCCACAGACGGGUAGGACUCAAGAGCAGAAGGCUGAAUUGUUCCGGAACUUACGGGCCAAGGUUGAUGCUUUGGAUAAUUCGGACAAACAUUGA